GCCAGAGAAUAAACACCGGGUACCUAGAGGAGAAGAGAUGGAGCCCCAGCCCUGGUCCCCUUUCCCACCCUUCCUCCCCACAAGGCUGUCUGAGAUGCCACCUUCCACCUAAACAUCAUCUCCCAAAUUUUAAUCCUUAACUUUGGUCUCUGACUUCUGCUUGAUUCCAUAGUCUCCACCCACAUUUGCACAAAGGACCAUCACUUGUCCUUCCUGGAAUCUCUAAAGUUUUCUGCUUUCCUUCUGUCCUGAUGGCCAGCUCUGCUAAGUCAGCUGAGAUGCCCACCAUCUCCAAAACCCUUAACCCUACUCCUGAUCCUCAUCAAGAAUAUCUGGACCCUAGGAUUACCAUUGCCUUAUUCGAAAUUGGAUCACAUUCCCCUUCCUCCUGGGGCUCUCUCCCUUCCCUAAAGAAUAGCAGCCAUCAAGUUACAGAACAACAGACUGCACAGAAGUUUAAUAAUCUCUUAAAAGAAAUUAAAGAUAUUCUUAAAAAUAUGGCAGGUUUUGAAGAGAAGAUCACAGAAGCAAAAGAACUUUUUGAGGAAACCAAUAUUCCUGAGGAUGUGUCAGCCCACAAAGAAAAUAUCAGAGGACUUGACAAAAUCAAUGAAAUGUUAUCAACAAACCUGCCUGUUCGUUUAGCCCCAGAGAAAGAAGACAAUGAAAAGAAACAGGAGAUGAUAAUGGAAAACCAGAACUCUGAGAACACCGUACAAGUUUUUGCAAGAGAUUUGGUAAAUCAUUUAGAAGAAAAAAAAGUCCUUAACGAAACUCAACAAAGUCAGGAAAAAGCAAAAAACAGACUUAAUGUUCAAGAAGAAACUAUGAAAAUUAGGAACAACAUGGAGCAGUUACUACAGGAAGCAGAACACUGGAGUAAACAACAUACUGAGCUCAGUAAACUGAUAAAAUCCUAUCAGAAAUCUCAGAAAGACAUAAGUGAAACUCUCGGAAAUAAUGGAGUCGAUUUCCAAACCCAGCCAAAUAAUGAAGUGUCAGCUAAGCAUGAGCUGGAGGAACAGGUGAAGAAACUGAGCCAUGACACCUAUUCAUUGCAGUUGAUGGCGGCUUUGCUAGAGAAUGAAUGCCAAAUCUUACAGCAGAGAGUAGAGAUUCUCAAGGAACUCCAUCAUCAGAAACAGGGAACUCUGCAAGAGAAGCCAAUUCAGAUAAACUAUAAACAGGACAAGAAAAAUCAGAAGCCAUCAGAAGCAAAGAAAGUAGAAAUGUAUAAGCAGAACAAGCAAGAAAUGAAGGGUACAUUUUGGAAAAAAGACAGAUCCUGUAGAAGCCUGGAUGUUUGUCUUAAUAAGAAAGCUUGCAAUACCCAGUUCAAUAUUCAUGUUGCAAGAAAAGCUCUUAGGGGAAAAAUGAGGUCAGCUAGCAGCCUAAGAUAGAAAAUACCAAAAGCAGACGAAAAGGUGAAUCCUUAAAAACUACAUCUGUUACCUCCAACUUGUCAGUCAUGAUCAAUCAUCAAACCUUGGGCAGAUCUGCUGGUUCAACCAAGAAAGAGCUAUAGAAUAAGGAGAUUGACACUUAUAUUACUCAUUACUUCAGCAGUUACGUAAGUCUGGUCUUUAAUGACCAUUGUGUCUACAUCAAGUUCAUAACUUUUCACCUUUACAAUCUGCUUGUUUUUUUUGUAAUUAUUAGAUAGACAGCCUAGAGUGAGAAGUUAAAGGUCCAAUUAAGUAAAGAUCUAAAUAAAAACCAGAAUACAAGGGAAAA